AUGCAAGUAUCUGCUUCAAUCAUCGAACCAGUAUUCAUUGAUAGUGACUCAACAUCUCUUCAACAUAUUUAUUCGUCAGGAAAAUACUCUGAUUUUGAUGUUGUCUGUCUGGAUGGAAAACGACUACAUUUACAUAAAAUUAUUGUAUGUUUUAACUCCAAAUGGUUUGAAAGUCAAGUGGAACGACAUGCAAAAUCCGGUACCACUAGUCCCCUUGAAUUUUUUUUGAAUCAUUCAAUCGAUGAAAUCGAACCAUUAUUUAAAUUUAUGUAUGGUUUUAAUCUAGCUGUGAAUGAUGAUGGUGCAUUCUGGAAAUUAAAAAAUUUAUGUGAAAAAUAUGAUGUGAAAGUAUUGAAAGAAAAAUUGGAAAAAGUCCUUGGUUAUUACUGUGAUCUUUGUACAUCAUCAAAAAUAAGAUUAGAUACGUUAGAUUCAAAAUUAGAAGAAUUACGACAAUCUAUAAUUAUUGAACAACGAAAUAUUGAUUAUUUUGAAUCAGAUAGUAAAUUAAUUAAUACAUUGACAAUUACAUAUAAUGAAUUAAAACAACAAGUAACAAAAAAUAUAUCUCAU